AUGAUUGAUAUGAAAUCAUAUCCACGAUCAAAAUUAAGUAUGUUAGUAUUUGGAAGUUAUAUGAUUAUUGUUGGUGGAAUUGGUUUUGAAUUUUUUCCUCAUACAGUUUUAUCUCUUGUUGGCAUGACAACUACUGAUAAUACUUUUGUAAGAAUGUUUGGUUUACUUGCUGGUCUUUUAGGAAUCAAUUAUUUAGUUAUGGUGCAACAAUCAGCUAUUAUUUUUUUUAAACUUUCGAUUGUUUUGCGAUAUUUAGCUGCAUUAUUUAUGAUAUAUUUAGUUGUCAGUGGAAUAUCAAGUUAUAAUUUGUUAUUAUUUGCAUUGGGUGAUAUAUUAGCAGCAACUUGGACACUCAUCGCACUUCAACGUGAUAAUCGUUCAAAUAAUAGUAAAAGUGAAUAA